AACAGCGUGAGUUUAGAAUGUCCACACGUCUUUAAACUACCUGCAUGUUCUCGCAACCUUGUUGGAUUUUACUGGACACAUCAGCGUUGCACGUCAUAGCGGUGUCGUGUGAAGACAUUGAUUAAGAAACCACGUUUGGUCUUAUUGUAGUUUCUAUGAGAGGAUUGGAUUAACGGUAGGCUAGCCACAGUGUUAGCACUAUCAUCUGUCACAGUUCAUAUUGUUAGCACCAAGUCAGUGUACUUGCACCUUUUGUGUUAAGAUAGCCUACCCUUGUUAACAGAGUCCAUGUUUUGAAACCACAGUUACUCAGACUCUAUUUUCCAACCAACUUACACCCCGUUGCCGACGCUGACGUUUGCAAUAACCUGGAAGUAAGCCAAACCUGAAAUGACAGAUAACUGAAUGCAACGUUACUGUAUGGUAGACUGUGUUACUGUACUAUCACGGUGUCACUUCACUGUACCGUUAAGGUAUAAAGCAAGUUACGGCAGCUACCAGAGCACGUGUAGCGUUGUCAUUAGUUUCAGGUGUUCGCCAUGGGACACUCUAGCCUGGAGAAGAUCAUUGCACUGCAGAGAAACCCUGCCAACAUUAGAAACCUGUGCAUUCUGGCUCAUGUCGAUCACGGCAAAACUACUCUGGCUGACUGCUUAGUGGCAAGUAAUGGUAUCAUAUCAAGUCGACUGGCAGGGAAGCUGAGGUAUCUGGACAGCAGGGAGGAUGAACAGAUCAGAGGAAUAACUAUGAAGUCCAGUGCCAUCUCUCUGCAUUACAGACAUGGAGAUCAGGAGUACUUGCUAAACCUGAUUGACUCUCCUGGUCAUGUCGACUUCUCCUCAGAAGUUUCCACUGCUGUUAGGCUGUGUGACGGUGCCAUUGUAGUUGUUGAUGCAGUGGAGGGAGUGUGUCCACAGACCCAGGUUGUGCUGCGCCAAGCUUGGCUGGAGAGCAUCAAGCCUGUCCUGGUCAUCAAUAAGAUAGAUCGACUCAUCAUGGAACUGAAGCUUACCUCUCAGGAAGCUUACACUCACCUGCAGAAGAUCCUUGAACAGGUGAAUGCAGUGACAGGGACUUUGUUCACAUCCAAAGUGCUGGAGGAGCGAGCGGAAAAAGAGAAGGAGGAGAAAGAAAGCGAGCUGUCAAGUAGAGAUCAGGUUUAUGACUGGAGUGCUGGGCUGGAGGAGGCUGAUGACUCCCAACUCUACUUUUCCCCUGAUCAAGGAAAUGUGGUCUUUGCCAGCGCCAUAGAUGGAUGGGGCUUCAGCAUUCAGCAGUUUGCCCACAUCUACAGCCAGAGAAUGGGUAUUAAGGAAGAGGUGCUGCUCAAAACCCUGUGGGGGGAUUUCUACCUCAAUGCAAAAGCAAAGAAGAUCAUGAAAGGAGCUCAGGCCAAAGGAAAGAAGCAACUGUUUGUGCAGCUUGUGUUGGAUAACAUUUGGAGUUUAUAUGAUGCUGUUGUCACAAGGAGAGACAAGGAGAAGGUGGAGAAGGUAGUGACAUCACUGGGGGUAAAGGUGAUGGCCAGGGACUCUCGUCACUCCGAUCCCAAAGUCCUCCUCUCUGCCAUCUGUAGCCAGUGGUUACCUGUGUCCCAGGCUGUCCUCUCAAUGGUGUGUGAGAAACUUCCUAGUCCUGUAGACAUAACUGCAGAGAGGGUGGAGAAACUGAUGAGUGUCGGAGCACGACGAUUUGACUCGUUACCAGAACAGACGCAAGAGCUGAAAAGAGCAUUCCUCCAGUGUUCAAGGGGGGAAGACGCUCCACUCAUCGUGUUUGUGUCAAAGAUGUUUGCUGUAGACACCAAGGCCUUGCCCCAGAACAGACAAAGGCCACUGACCCAGGAGGAGCUUGCCCAGCGCAGAGAGCUGGUGAGAAAGAGACAUGCUGAAAGGAUGACAGCUGAUCAGGCAGCUGCAGAAAGCAACAAAGACCUCACAUACUCAGGGUGUAUGCAACAGGAAGGCCAAACUGCAGGAUUUGGCACAGCUAAGAUGGAGAGUCUCACACUGAAAGAUUCAAAGCCAGAAGAGGAAGAAGAGCAGGAGACCUUUAUAGCAUUUGCGCGGGUCUACAGCGGAGUGGUCAAGAAAGGACAGAGAGCAUUUGUAAUGGGACCAAAGUAUGACCCUGCCCAGAGCCUGAACAUGCUGCCAGGGGGUUGCAGUGCUUCAGACUGUGUGCCUGAGGUGCCUCAUCUGUCCUGUUGUUCUGUGGAAAGUCUCUACCUGCUGAUGGGCAGAGAGCUGGAGGAGCUGGAGGAGGUGCCUGCGGGAAAUGUCCUGGGUAUCGCAGGUCUAGAGGAAUGUGUUUUGAAAUCAGCCACUCUGUCAACUUCCCCUGCCUGCCCUCCCUUCACCCCUCUCAACUUUGAAGCUACACCCAUUGUACGGGUUGCCAUAGAACCCAAACAUCCAAGUGAGAUGCCAAAGCUAGUGCGUGGGAUGCGUUUGUUAAACCAGGCAGAUCCCUGUGCUGAAGUUCUGAUCCAGGAAACAGGAGAACAUGUUCUGGUCACUGCUGGUGAGGUUCAUCUCCAGCGCUGCCUCGAUGAUCUCAAAGAUCGGUUUGCUAAAAUUGAGAUCAGCGCGUCUAAGCCAAUUAUUCCAUUCAGAGAAACAGUGGUACGUUCUCCAAAAGUGGACAUGGUUAAUGAAGACCUGGGCAAGCAGCAGAAAGUAGCCAUCAUUCACCAGGUGAAGGAGGAGGCCUCUCAGGGUCGUUUGUCUGACAACCUGCGUAUGGACCCCAGUGGAAUGGUCACCCUCACCACCCCCAACAGACUGGCUACUGUCAGCGUCAGGGCAAUCCCCCUGCCACAGGAGGUUACUCGUCUGUUGGAGAGUAGCACGGAGCUGAUUCGGACUCUGGAGCAUGUAAACAUGUCCCUGAGGGAGGGGAAGAGUCUGGAUGUUAGCCCCAGGACGCUGGAGGCCAUCGUUGAACUCAAGACCCAGCUGGAGAGCCUGCUGCAGGGGAGGAAGUGGAGGAAUGCUGUGGAGCGUAUCUGGGCUUUUGGGCCUCGCAGAUAUGGUCCCAAUAUUCUGCUGAACAGUGUGGAGGGUUACCAGCGGCCCUCCCUGUGGCAGUGUCUGGGCAGGGGAGACAAAGCUGGCGAAGGUGGAGCCCAGGCUGCUGUUAUUCGAGACUUGGAUAACAGCAUCAUCAGUGGCUUCCAGCUAGCAUCUCUGUCAGGGCCCAUGUGUGAGGAGCCCCUAAUGGGUGUAUGUUUCUCAGUGGAGAGGUGGGACGUCCAGUCUUCAGCCCCGCCACAAUAUCAGGACUCUAUGGAGGAGGACUCCACAUCCCAUGAGGCUUUAGCAGACAGCAAAGUGGAACAAUGCAUUGAGACAUCUGCCCAGGUGGAGGGCACAGCAGCAGGGCCAAACCAGGCCUGGCGCAGGCCAGAAGCUGCAGCUGCAGACUGCUACGGGCCGGUCUCCGGCCAGCUGAUUGCUGCCAUGAAGGAGGCCUGCCGUCAUGCCUUCCAGGCUCAGCCCCAGAGACUCAUGGCUGCCAUGUAUACCUGCGAGAUCAUGGCCACUGCUGAGGUGCUAGGCCGGGUAUAUGGUGUACUUGGGAAGCGAGAGGGGCGCGUCCUCCAUGAAGAGAUGAAGGAAGGGACGGACAUGUUCAUCAUCAAGGCUGUUCUGCCUGUGGCUGAGAGCUUUGGAUUUGCAGAUGAGAUCCGUAAGAGGACCAGUGGAUUGGCCAGUCCACAGCUGGUCUUCAGCCACUGGGAGGUAAUCAGCAGUGAUCCAUACUGGGUUCCCACCACAGAGGAGGAAUACCUGCACUUUGGGGAGAAAGCAGACUCUGAAAACCAGGCCCUCAAAUACAUGAAUGCUGUCCGUCGCCGCAAAGGCCUCUACGUGGAGGAGAAGAUUGUAGAACAUGCAGAGAAGCAGAGAACGCUUAGCAAGAACAAGUAGUGUGGUAGACACACAACAGAUACCUUCAGUAGCAGUUCCUCUAGCGAGGCUGUGAGGCACUGGUGACAUCCACCCAUCCAUUUAUCCAUCCAAGACUGCACUGUACACCAUAGACUGUGCUCCUUCGUUAAUGUCAUUCAUUACAGAGGAACAGAUGUUGUGUCCAAAUGCAGCAGUCAUCCUUUUUUAAAGCUGUCUUCUUCACAGCAGCAGCAGAAUUGUAAAAACAAAUAGAAAACUGCAGCUACAGUCUUGUUGUUCAUCAAGGUUCCUACGGUCAUGAAAUUCCUGGAGAAGUUAUGAAAUUAGAAAAACAGUUUCCCAGGCCUGGAAAUAGUUUUGAAUUAACAGAAUAUUUUGAAAACAUUUUGAAUACAAAUUGUAUGGCUAUUGUUUAAAAUAAGUUCAUAAAAAUCUCAAAACAUUUAUAAAGUUACGCAAAAUAUGUUCUUUGUAUUACUAAUGUAAAAUCUAGCGCUCCGCUGCAUGACCAUUAAAACAUCACUACUACCACGGGAUACACAUAGACCAGACCAGCAUUGUGUCAUCGCUAACCCUGCACUCCCCUCUGGGGAAAAGAAAGGUGCUGUCACAUAAGGAAAGAAACAGGAAAAUGCUGAAAAGCUGUCGUGUAGCAUGUUGAUCAAGGCUUUCACACUGAGAUGUGAGGCGCAUAAGAUACAUGAAUAUUCAUUGUUAGUGUAGUAAAUGGCUAAAUGAUGAUGGUGACAGUUACCACUGAAUGAUAGCCUGAGUGAGAGGCUACUGUAGUAACGUUACAGUCAUACAGUAUAGCAGCAUCAAUGACAUUUUUUUUCUUUUUUGAUUAAACCAUCAGGUAUUGUGAUCCAGCUAUCUAUAAUAUCCACCCACUGUGUUGGGUCAUUUAUCAACUUAGACAGGAGAAAACUGUAGUGACAUGGCAUCAUUUAGCCUUAAUUUAUUACAGUAUCGCUCAGGUUCAGGCAAAGUUUCAAAAUAAUUAUUAGACAUGGUCAUAAAACAAAUGUUUAUUCAACAAGAAUAAAUGCAAACUUGUCAAAAUUAUAAUCCAAACACAUUAAAUUGUUGUCACUCAGGCAUUACAUCUAGAUGAUCUUUGUUUUUUGUUUUUAUCCUCCCAAAAAGGGGCGUGGCCUUGACAUUUUUUUGAAGAACCCCAUAUGUGACGGUCUGGUCUAUUGGCAUAUGCAGCUAGUUGGCAGCAGGAAUGGUUAAUGAACGAGUGGAGUUGGUAAGCGCUGGCAGUUUACUGAGCUGCAAAUGCCUGGGAUGGUUGCAUCGUAUAGGCCUCCCCAUUUAAAAUUACUUAAAUAAAGUCAUGGAAAUGGGGAACAAUAUUUUGGAAAAGUUUUGAAAAUUAUUUGAUAAAAAUGUGUAGGAACCCUGGUUCAUUCAACAAUCAGUAAUGACUUCUUGCAUAUUUUUUGUGAAAUAGAAUAUAUUUUACAAUACACCUAUAUAGGAGUUUUGAUUAAUUGAAGAGAAUGAUACAUACAUAUUGAGAAUAAAAUCUGUAUCCCGAA